AUGCUUGCUCUCAACACUCGAAUGCAUUCAUACACGAAAAUUGCGUAUCUCUUUCACAGCAACGAAAGUUACGACAUGAAACCGGAGAAGAACACAGAACGAUUCUCUCUCCGCAUGACAGCAAUAACAGCAACAUCAAAAAGUACGGCGUUGACAAGCACAUCCUUCUCAGCCUCACGAGGCGGGCUUAUCAUUUCAGUCAUGGAGAAUUCCCUUGCAUCACCACAGCAUUAUCUGGAUCCGUCCAAGCCGACGCCCAGAGCAAUUUCCGACUUUUUGUCCCAAGCUCAGGUGGCUUUUGCUCUUCUUCACCGGUUCGCAAUUAUUUUCCGUUUUAAGGCCUUUCAAGGGAGCUUCUUCUACUUCCCUUGA